CAUUUGGACAUCUUGUUUCUGAACUUAUCUUAACCGUAUACUUAAUUUUAUGUUGAAAGUUUUAAAUGCUUGUCAUAAUUUUGUAUCAAUUUCCAAACAAAUUCUGACACUCAGAGACAUUCGAGCUUUUAAGAAAUAAAUUUUAAAAAUUAAAGCAAAAUUAAAGCGAGUAUGAGCGAGAUUGAUUAUGGCAACAAACUGAGCUGGGCCGUUGGCAAGAAGAGGGUUCUUUGCAUGGGCGUCAGCAACAUUGACUGUGUCUCCGUUGUUAACAACUUUCCGGAGGAGAAUGUCCAUGAGAAGGCCAUUUCUGGGUCUUGGCACCGUGGCGGCAGUGCCUCCAACAACUGUACAGUCCUCCGGAAUCUCGGUGUCAAUGUGGAGUUCUUUGGCAUGCUGAGCAGCCAGCCUAUAUUUCAAUUGCUCAUCGAAGACAUGACAAACCGAGGUAUUAUUGUGGAAAACUGUCCGAUGUGUGAUCUGGAUCCGCCUUUCGCCAAUGGGAUCAUGGCCAAAUCGAUGAAUACACGAACCCUGAUCAUUUGCAAUCGUGGUUUUCCCUAUGUCAGCAUUGAGGAUUUCCGGAAACUGAAUCUCAACAAUUAUGGUUGGAUUCAUAUGAGGGCUUUGUUCUUUGACACCAACAUUGAAGUGCUCAAGGACAUAGCUGCCUUUAAUGCCACCAAGGAGGAGGCGGAUGACAAGAUCCUGGUUUCCGUGGAGUUCGAUCACAGUCUAGAGAUAUUGUUCCCAAUGUUGGAUUACUGUGAUUAUGCCUUUUUCUCUAAACAGUUGGCCAUGGAGACUGGCUGGACGUCCAUGGAGAAUGCCUGCAGUCAGCUGGAUGAGCGUUUG